AAUAUUGGCUCGUGGAUCCGCCCCUGCUACAUGUAUAUCCUGCUAUCGCGGGUUCAAAACGUAGAUCUGAAAAAAUCAAUUCUGCGAGCAUAAUCACGUGAUGUAAACACAAUGAAGGCCGAUGAAUAUGCAUGCUACCAACACACAAUCAAUACUACCAGUGAAUGAACGGCCAAGAUAGAAUGUAAAUAUAUCUGCAGCAGUCGGAGUAUGAUAGGAAUGAAACAGUUAUCACAACGCGAUUUACAACCGAGCAUAUCUGAAAAUUGAACAUGUUCGUUCUCCUACUAGCUGUCAUCCAAGAUUCUUUAAUUUGAAGGAACAUUUACAGUGACAAACUAGGAGACAACUGUAAGAAAGACUACACUAUUAUUUGGAUUGGAUUUAGGAUUUGUGAUUUGCGAAUGCAGGGCACUUCUGUUGUUUGCAUUAACCUAAGUUCACCUCAGGGCAUCACAACGAUGGCUACCCUGAAUAAUCAGUAAUAAACACACUGAAGAGUUAGACAAUGUUCUCUUUUAAAGAAGCAAAAUAAACUUUUUGAAGGGGUAGAUGCAUCUUGCAGUUUUGUUUUUACUGAAACAACCAAUGGUCCACGUGUGUGGAGUGAAAUUAUAGACAUAUGUAGAGAAUAUAAAUAGUUCAGAAGCCUUAUGUUGCAUCUAAUCAUCUUAUGGAUUAGCUACUUGUUUUGACCUGACAUUGCCACGGUUGAAAUUCUCCCGCAGUGCACUUACAGCGUCAACAUCGUAUGGUUUUGCAAUAGUGACACUGCUAGUAAGCUCGCACAUAGUUUCGUUCUAUUAAGCUAUGGCGACAUCUGCGCCUGAAGCAUCGACAGGAGCAGCUCUACCAAUGACAUCAUCAAAGGCAGCGGAGCGGAGACGCUUGUCGUCCCUUCACAAGGAAAUCUCGAAACAUGAGGAAAAAUUGACAAAUCUUCAGAAGCCAACUGAUAUUGAUGACGUUUUGUUUGAUCUAUUGAAGGAUUCAGAGGAGAAUGUCCCCAUCACAAAAUUCUGGGCGGCAUUGGACUGUACAGGUCUACGAGAAACUGAUCCUAGACUGAAAGAAACAAGACAGCACUUCCAAACCAUGCGGAACCAGUUGGCAUAUGAUACUUCAAAAUCAGGAGACAGCGUCUUAGAUAGACAACGAUUUAAAGACUUCAUCCACGAAAACAUCGUAUUGAUAGGCAAAGCCUUUAAGAAUCAGUUUAUCAUCCCUGACUUCAUCCAGUUCACCGAGCAGAUACACGACAUCUAUGAAAUAUGUAAGAACGACAGGAGAGGAAAGCCGGCAGACUAUAUCCCUCAGCUUGCUAGAGCUAAUCCUGAUAACUGGGGCGUGGCACUCUGUACGGUGGAUGGACAAAGGUAUUCUGCAGGGGACACAACUAUCCCUUUCUGCAUUCAGUCAUGUUCUAAACCGCUUAACUACGCCCUGGCGCUGACAGACAUGGGAGCAGAGAAAGUACAUAGCUAUGUAGGUCAGGAACCAAGCGGCAGGAGCUUCAAUGAAAUAUGUCUCGAUUCUUCCAAUAAACCACACAACCCAAUGAUCAAUGCGGGCGCAAUCAUUACCUCCUCACUGCUCAAACCAACACUCAGGAUAGCUGAUAGAUUCGACUAUGUGCACAGUCAAUAUAAACGUAUAGCUGGAGGAGAGUUUGUCGGCUUCAGCAACGCAACCUACCUCUCAGAAAAGGAGACAGCUGAUAGGAAUUUCUCUUUAGCUUAUUACAUGAGAGAAAAUAAAUGCUUCCCUGAAAAUGCAGAUCUGGUAAAAACGCUGGAGUUUUAUUUCCAGCUAUGCUCGGUUGAGAUUACGGCGGAGACUGGUGCUGUGAUUGCCGCUACGCUCGCCAAUGGAGGUAUCUGCCCUACUACUGGUGAGAAAGUACUAACUGGAGAUGCUGUCAGGAAUACAUUGUCGUUAAUGUACUCGUGUGGCAUGUAUGACUACUCAGGGCAGUUUGCAUUUAAGUGUGGUUUACCUGCGAAAUCCGGUGUUGCCGGGGCGAUUCUUAUUGUGGUACCAAAUGUAAUGGGUGUUUGUACGUGGGCGCCCUCCUUGGAUGAACUUGGAAAUAGUUGCAGAGGAAUCACAUUCUGCAAGGAAUUAGUAAACAAGUUCAGUUUCCAUAACUAUGACGAUCUGAUGCACACUACCAAAAAGAUGGAUCCGCGAAGCAGAAAGGCAGACGUCUCUGCUGAGUCUGUGGUGAAUAUUUUAUUCGCAGCUGCUACUGGUGAUAUUACAGCAUUAAGAAGGUUUGUGUUGUGUGGAUGUGAUAUGGCUAUGUCAGAUUAUGACGGUCGCACAGCGAUGCAUCUUGGGGCGGCAGAAGGUCACAUGACCGUACUUAAGUUCCUCAUAGAGAAAUGUAAAGUGCCAGUGAAUCCAAAAGACAGAUGGGGAUUUACACCAUUGGAUGAUGCCAAGAGAUUCAAACAUUCAGAAGUUGUCAACUAUCUACAAUCUCACAAAGGAGUAGAAUCUUCGUGUCUUUCUGAUUAAUUGUUUGAAAAAGAGUACAAUGUCGUGAUGUAGAUGCAUGAUUGAACAAUAGUGCAGUCAGAAGUUGUAAUUUCUACAUGAUUCUACAAAAUAAUGUGACUUCAUGAUAAUACACACAUCCAGCACAUGAAAGUUGCAUCUGCAUGAUUAUACCAAAUAGCUAGGUCAUAUGAUUGUGUCACCGUACAGCUAUAGGUCACAUCGUAAAAUGCCUACAUAAUUGUACAGCAUAGAUAGCGGAUGUAAAUACGUGACAGGACAGACCACAAUGUACAAGGUAAUAUGUGGUAGAGAAAUACAAAACGGACGGAUCCUGAAAUUAGGCGAGGAAACAUUAAUAGGCAGAUGUAGGCAUACAUGUAAUAUAAGGAGGUAUACUAGUAUUACCACGCAUGUUGACUUCACAAAGGUUUUAGUUGAAAGUGCCUGAAAAUAUGUUUUCUUGUAAAAUGAUGGCGAGGCAGUUGCUUCACCUACUGCAUCAUGCGCCUCGCCCAUGAUACAAGUCUUCCUGUACAGUAUAGUUAAUUGUCUACAAUCGCAUGGUGCAUCAUGCUAUCAGUCUUCAUUUUAUGUUUUCAUUCAUGAACCAGAUUUCUAAGAAUUUUUUUCUUUAAAUUUUUUGACAAGGCAGUGGCCUCGACUGCCUCAUGCGUAGCUUCGUUCAUGG